UCGGUGGAAGAUGUCCAGCGAAUGCUUCGCGUGGUUUUGCGACGGGUGUUAGUUGUUGCUGCGUUCGUCCGUUCGUUCGUUGUUCGCGCGGUAGUGUUUCUCGGGUCGAUUCUCGUGGUGUGUCUCUAGACUCUGGAAGAAGUUUCGCUGCGCCAAAGUUCGUCGUUCGUUCCCACCCCGGAACCUGCGAAACUGUGAGCAAAACCGAAGAUGCAAGAAAUAAUUUCAAGUGAUUAAAGAUUACGUUCGAAAAAAAAAGAUAAAAUUUAAAAAUAAAAAUAUUAAAAAAUAAAUAGAAGAAAACGCGGGCACGUGAAGGCUUCAAUAGCUGAAAAAAGGAAAAAAGUGAGCAAAUAGCGCCUACAGAAGGUGUCGCGCAAGUGUAUGAGUGCGUAUUCGUGAGGUGAACGGUGUUGUUUUUGUUUUGCAUCCGUAAACGAAGAUAAGCAAAGGGGAGAAAGAAAAUAAAAGAAGCUUCCUCAAAGAUUGCAUGUUUUCUGCUGCCUGAUCCGGCUUUGUUGUGGUGAUUGCUGCUUUUUUGUCCGCACCCAAAGUAAACAAAUACGGCACACAACCACAGAGAAGAAACGUAGAAGAAGACCGAACACCAGAAACAAUCCAAUUGCGCGAAAGAAAGGAGAAGGAUUUGCAGCCCGAACACCAACAACCUCGGAACGACGAAAAAGCGGACAUCAGACAGAAAAAAAAAACGACGACGCCUGGCAGUAGUGACCUUGAUGUGUGAAAAAAGAGGGUUAAUGAAGGUUACGUCUACUUGAAUGGCUCCUCCAUCCGAAAAUUAUCUCCCUGGAAGCACUAAGUGUGGUGCUCGAUAAAGACGCAGCCACAGAAAGACACUAGAAGAAAAAGAAGACGCAGCACGACUUGGAAUUGGAUGUUCCAGAUGGUCUAAGGAGAAACCAAGCUAUAAAAUGACGUUCCGAGGUGAAGAAAAUUUUAGUGCAUCGAAGAGGGGUCCGUCAAAUGGGGUUUCAGAAAGCCGUGACCCACGACGGCUUCAGUGAGAAGUGUGGGUGGGAAGAGGUUUUAAAAUUGUGAGCAAAAUAAAGUGAUUCUUUUUGGGGGAAAGGGCUUAAAGUUGAAAAAAAAAACGGGAGCAUUUGGGCGCCACAAAAUGGCGGUCAGCAAUAUAGUGUGUGAGUGGCUGCGGGCCCUCGGCUUAGGGCAGUACGCGGAAAGUUUUCUCGACAACGGGUACGACGAUCUGGAGAUCUGCAAACAGGUCGGGGAUCCGGAUUUGGAUGCGAUCGGGGUGGAAAAUCCGCAGCACCGUUCGAAGCUUCUGAAAAGUGUGCGGCUCCUGAGGGAAAAGGGCGCAGCCAGUGUCUACUUCCAGCUGAACGAUCCCAAAUCGCUGCUCUCGGACAACAGCGACAGCUUGGAGCGGGACAAUUCGCCGCUGAUGCUGAGCGAACUGGAAGCGCUGCUGCAGGAACAGCUGAAGGGCGAUGGCGUUUGCUUGACGGCGCAUCCCUACUCGACACCGGAUCAGGAUCAGAAUCAUGUUCAGGAUUGGCCUCAGGCUCCAGAUCAAGAUCAGGUUCCAGAUCUGAAUCAGGUUAUAGAUUAUGAUCAGAGUCCAGGUUACGGUCAUGAUCUGCUUCAAGAUCAGGAUCAGCAUCAGAAUCUGGAUUAG